AUGGAUUCCGUUGUGACCUUUGACCUCUGGAAUGUGGCGGUUCGCGCUUAUAUACAAACUGUACAGACUUUUUGUUUUGGCGUUUCUCAUGUGAUUUUCUCUUUCUUUCUGCAGGCUUUCCCUCCUCUGCCUAAUGAAGCUGAGAUCGCACACACGAAAAAACUGUUUCGUCGCCGCAGAAAUGACCGCCGCCGAUCCGAUCCGCCCCAGGACCAGCUGACGGUGCUGCUGCCGGCCGAGGGGAAGCGGCAAGUGUCCAGGAGACAGCAGCGCCUGCCUGGAGGAGGAGGAGGAGGAGGAGGGGCUCCUCUGAAAUCCCAGAAUCCUCAGCAGCAGCAGGGAUUGCAGCAGCAGCAGCAACAGCAGCCCAAUCAGACGCAGCAGCCCAACGCAGACCACCAAUCAGGUGCUGGCACUAAGCAUGUGGUGUGGGGUUACCAGGGCCAGCAGAACCAGGCCGGGUGGCAGGGUGGCCCGCAUCACGGCUACAGCCAGAACCGCCGCUGGCAUCAGCAUCCCAAACACCAGACGAACAGUUUCAAUCAGGGGCCCUCGGGGGCCGACAGGGGCCUCAUACGCAAUACCAAAGAGACAGAGAAUGUAAAACACGUGGAGCCGGAGCCCCACAUGGAGAAAGGAGCGAAGGAUGAGCCUGCGAAAGAGGAGAGAACGAAAGGAGACAAGGAGGAGAAGACGGAGAGUGGGAAGAUCUGCUUACUGCAGUCGUCUAAAGAGAGACUGAGGAGGAGAUUGAAAGAGAAGGAGGAAGUUCCCGUGGCGACGGCCGGACCUCAGCGGAACCGAAUGGACAGAUUGUUAGAGAUUCUGAACAGCAUGAGGAACAACAGCAGCGGCGUGGAGAAUCAGCUCACCACGUUCAUGGAGGAGGCGCAGAACUCGGCCGAUUCAGAGGAGACGCUGAACGAGAUUGUCCACACUAUUUACCGCAAGGCAGUCAGCGACCGAAGUUUUGCGGCAACGGCAGCCAAACUCUGUGACAAGAUGGCUCUGUUCAUGGUGGAAGGAACCAAAUUCCGCUCUCUAUUACUCAACAUGUUACAGAGGGACUUCACGCGGCGUGAGGAGCUGCAGCAGACGGAUGUGGAGUGCUGGCUGGGCUUCAUCACGUUUCUGUGUGAAGUGUUCGGCACCAUGAGGAGCAGCGCUGGAGAGCCGUUCAGAGUGCUGGUCUGCCCCAUAUACUCCUGUCUGAGAGAGCUGCUGGAGUCUCCGGAGGUGAAGGAGGACGCGGUGCUCUGCUGUUCGAUGGAGCUCCAGAGCACCGGCCGGUUAUUGGAGGAGCAGCUUCCUGAAAUGAUGACAGAGCUGCUGGCGGCCGUGCGGGAUAAGAUGCUGUGUCCGUCUGAGUCUCAGCUGACGCGCUCGCUCCUGAUGGAGGUCAUCGAGCUCCACGCUCACCACUGGAGCCCGCUGGAGGCGCUGACCACCGCCUACUACAACAGAACCAUCCAGAAGCUCACCGCGUGACGCACACGCACCGCUGGAGGCCCUGACCACUGCGAACCACAACACAACCAUCCAGAAACGCAUUAAGAGACACGCAAACCAACCACAGAGGCCACGGACACACUACAACACACACAAGCUUUCUGUAAUAGGAGGAUAGAAUCGGGCGUGGAUGCAUGAGACAUGAGGCAUUAUGGGAUAUGGGGCUGGGUCAGAGGUCAGAGGGUAAAAUAUGCAGAUUGAAAUGAAUAUGUACAUGUUCACACUUCACAUCUGCAUAUUCAUGAGGUGAGCCAGACGUGACAGUCAUUAGACGCACACAUGCAGACGCCAGUCACUGUCUCACGCUUUCCAGACUAAACCUCAACAGAAAGACACAGAAGAAAAUAAAUACAAAUGUAAAAAAUCAAAAGAAAACAAUUUAUUUUGCAUAAAAAUGAAGCCUAUUUUUAAUCCUUUUUUUCAUUUGUCAUUAUUUUCACAACUAUGCACAUUCCAAUCCCACCCCUUAAAAAAAAUGUAU